AAUACUACGCCAGCAAAUGUAACUGUUUUCCCUUGAGAUACUGCCAACAUUCAACCAAGACAGUGCAGGUGUGUGCUACCUCAGUUCUGACCUUUCCCUGCAACUAGAGACCAAAGGAACCCGUCACACUGGAGCCCGAGCCUCAGUGUAACAUUAUGAUUGAGGGCGACAGGGAGCUGUCUGCUAUGGUGCAGGAGCUCUGGGAUAACGACGUCAAUCGUCUGAAACCAGGGACCGACUACCGCAUCUCACUGCAGGGAAAAGCGGGAUAUGUUAGGUCUAUGAAUGAUGACCAAGAUGGGAUUGGGUUUCCUUUGUUCUCAUUUGUUGAUGAAAACAUUUUCAAAAAGGAGACCUUCAUGGCUUUCAUCUCGUUGUUGGAUAACUAUGAGAGCGAUACUGGAGAACCAGAGAUUGUUACCCCGGAGGAGGAGGUUGAAAAUCACAAAUUCCUGGAUUCUAUUAUAAAGACGCCCACCAUGAAGAUUGCUCAUAAGUACCUUGUGGAGAAAAACCUGUCCCCCUCGGACCUGACAGCAUUUAAGCAGCAGCUGUAUCGGAUCUGGUUUGAACUCUACGCAAGGAGAGGCUCCAGCAGGCCAGACUCCUCAGGAUUUGAGCAUGUAUUUGUCGGUGAGACUCGUGGUGGACGCACAGUCAUUGGAUUUCACAACUGGAUUCAGCUGUAUUUGCAGGAGAAGCUUGGACACAUUGACUACAAAGGCUACAGUGUGAAUGCACACUCUCCUCAACCUGAUGAGAACAAGCACAUCAUGGCUUUACAGUUCAGCUGGAAAAAUGGCAUCAAACCUAAAGGCAGCAUCUUCAUCGGUGUCAGUCCAGAAUUUGAAUUUGCCCUUUACACCCUGUGUUUCCUCACCUCACCUAACGAACGAGUUAAAGUGUCCUUCAGUCUCUAUGAGGUGGAGAUUGUCUGCCACCAUUACAACCAGAAGCACAUUGGAACCACGUUCCCUAUUCUUUUGAAAUAUCAGACAGUCUAGACUCAAUCUUUGACAUACACUAAUGGCUAGAUGUUAAGAACAUUGUUUUUUGUAUUUUUAUUAAAAAAUAAAAACGCAAUGAACCUUC